GUAAAUAGUGGAAGCUGCUAAAUCAUAAUGCAGACAGCUCUUCAGCCCAUGAGUUGAAUUUUCUUCCAUGAAAUGGUUUGGCAUUAUUUUUUAAGUAUCAUUCACCUCAAACGAAAUUUCCUCUGACACGGAAGCUUGAUGGAACAACCCUGUUUUUAUUUUCUUGAGUUUUACCGUGAGGGCUCGUCUUCCCAAAGAGAGCAGUCCUGUUCCGAUAACCACGAGGAAAGUGACUUCAUCUGCUUCCUCUGUGUUUGGUUUUUUGACAAGUAAGCACAGGAAACCCUGUACAAGUGGCAAGGCAGAAGGAAGAACCAUUCCAACCCAAAGGACCUAAUCAGUCUGGAGCACACAGAGCUGCUGUAGAACCUAGGGAAGUAGAAAGUGGAGCAGAGAUGCUCUCUGAGAUGAAGUUUUUGCAUGAAAAGAUGCUCGCUGUAUUGGUGGUUAAACAGACAUCAGAAUGGAUGUCGUGGUGAUAUAAUUGUGUGCGCCAUGGAAGCCAAAAGUGGAAUUAAUUUUGUUCUGAAGAACUGGAGUGCCUGUGCCCUGCUCACUGUCACCGUGGUGAUGGCAACAAUGGGUAAGUCUUACUUUUCACUGAAGGUGUUGCCUUUUCUUAUAAAGUCUUCGCCUUUCAGUUUCACCCACAUUAAAGGAUAUGUAGCAAAGUGGCUAGGGAACAGGCAGCAUGGACCGGAUCGUUAUCAUCUACUUAUAAUAUUUAAACCUCAAGGGCAAAUAGCGGCAUACAUUUCUCAAACCAAAUAUUUUCAAAGAGGAAGAAAAACCUACUUUGAAUAAGCUGGGAGUUGGCCUGAGUAUAAAUUCCUAUCACAGUAUUAUUUAGCAUAGGGAUGGGAGACUUGUGGACCUCCAGAUAUUGCAGGAUAAUAAUAAUAAUAAUAAUAAUAAUAAUAAUAAUAAUAAUAAUAAUUUAUUUAUACCCUGCCCAUCUGGCUGGGUUUCCCCAGCCACUCUGGGCGGCUUCCAACAAAACACUAAAAUACAAUAACCUAUUAAACAUUAAAAGCUUCCCUAAACAGGGCUGCCUUCAGAUGUCUUCUAAAAGUUUGGUAGUUAUUUUUCUCUUUGACAUCUGGUGGGAGGGCAUUCCACAGGGCGGGUGCCACUACUGAGAAGGCCCUCUGACUGGUUCCCUGUAACUUGGCUUCUCGCAGUGAGGGAACUGCCAGAAGGCCCUCGGCACUGGACCUCAGUGUCUGGGCAGAACGAUGGAGGUGGAGACGCUCCUUCAGGUCCCAUCAUCUCAGACCAUUGGCUAUCCUGGCUGAGGCUGGCUGGGAGUUGGAGCUCAACAGCAUUUAGAAGGCAGCAGUUACCCCUGCUCUGCUUUAGCAGAGUAUAUGUCUGAAUUUAAUUACGCAAAUAUGCUCACUUUAUAAACAAAGCUAUAAUGUCUCUCUCUUUUUGAACUCUCUUGGGAUUCUCUCUAUCACACCUGUUGAAAAGCUUACGACUUUUGCUGGCAUCAGUUCCAGCCCAUUCAUCUCCAGGGCUGUAGGAAGGCUGGUCUGGUGUUUGGAAGACCACUAUGUGAAGACUGAAUACUUCUCCUCUGGUGAAGGAAAGCAGAAGAUGGAACAACUUUGCUGGCUAGAAUUGUCAGGGGUUGGUUGGGUGCAGGUAGAUUGACUUCACUAAAGUAAUGAUCAGACCUGUAUCCAAAACACCAGUUUUGUGCAGGGACAAUCUAACAAUUAGAACAGUUUCUAUCCCUUCUGUUAAUUUUAUUAUUAUUAUAUUACCAUUUAUAUGCUGCUUAUAUUUAAACACAUUAAAACAUAGGUUAAAACAUCUCAAAUAAACAGCAAAUACAACAUUCUAAAAAACAUAAUUAACAACUGAACAGCCUCCUCUCAUAUCAACAUAAACAUUAUGCAUAAAAAUCAGCUAGAAAAGUGCAAGGAAAAUUCACAGUAAGCAAUUGAACAAAAUAUCCUCUAAAAAUCAGGAAGUAAAAUAUUACAAAUGAAAAUAAACUAAAAAGUGUCAUUUAUAAAUAAUAACUUAAAGAUAAAUUAUGGAUUGCAUGAUGGCAGAACAAUUUAAAGUUUUACUUAAGGAAACCUCUUUCUUCCACCCUCUUCGGCCAUCUGCAAUGGAGAAUAAAUAGAUUCCUACUUACCACAAUAGUCGGAGGAGACCGUAGACGAAAGUUCAGUGAAGGUUUACUGAAAAAGGCAUUGUCUCCAUGGUGUUGAGAUGGUGGCCUGUCAGCACAUUUUGGAAAACUGCUGAAAAGUCUGUUGCAAAAGGAGAAUAAGCUGUAAUUUUGGCACGUGUCAAAACAGUCAUAAAAAUCCCCAGUAAAUAUAAUUUGUGUGUAUCAACCUUUAGUUUUCAGAGGUGGACUAAAAUGGUCCUUUGGUCUUUCCAUUCCUCAAGUAACAAAACUGUGCUUUAUCCUUUUAAUAUACAGUGGUACCUCGGGUUCCAUAUGCUUCAGGUUACAGACUCCGCUAACCCAGAAAUAGUACCUCGGGUUAAGAACUUUGCUUCAGGAUGAGAACAGAAAUCAUGCUCCGGCGGAGCGGCAGCAGCGGGAGGCCCCAUUAGCUAAAGUGGUGCUUCAGGUUAAGAACGGACCUCCGGAACGAAUUAAGUACUUAACCUGAGGUACCACUGUAUUGACUGGAAUUAGUAGGUCAAACUGUAUUAUAAACAAACACAUGUAAUGAUAAAGCAGAAGCUCGUUUUGUUGUUACAUGAAAAGCAACUUUGGGAGAGGGCAACUGGAAAUGGUGAUCCAGUAGGUUCUUAACCCUUACUCUACCCACAGUUCUUUGCUCCAAAUCACCUUCCAAAGAGAGUCAUCCCAAAGGGUGGUUCAGAUACGCAUUUGGUCCCAUUAAGCACUUGUCCCACAACUAUUUUAUUUUACAAAAUCUACAUACCACUUGGUUGUAGUAAAACCUCUAAGUAGUUUGCAAUAAAUGUUAAGAUUAUCAAUAAAAACAGUUUUAAAAUAGCCAUUAAAAAUAUUUGAAAGUUAAUUAAAAGUAACACUAAAAAAUUAAAAUGUGUCAACAUCUAUGUUUUAUUUUGUUUUUAUAUGUGCUGGAAGCUGCUUAGAGUGAAUGGGGAAAUCCAGCCAGAUGGGUGGAGUAUGAAUAAAAUUAUUAUUAUUAUUAUUAUUAUUAUUAUUAAUUAUUAAUUAUUAUUAUUAAUGGAUGGACUUGCCUAAACAAAGAUAUUUCAAGCCGGUGCCAAAGGUGUAUCACAAAGGUGCCUGCCUAAAUGUCAACAGGCAGGGAGUUCCAAAGUGUAGGUGCUGCCAUACUAAAGGAUCGAUUGCUUACAACUGUAAAAUGAAUACUGUACAACACUUAUUACAGUGUCAAAUCUGCAGAUUGAAGUGGUUCAGUGAGCACAUAUGGGGUGAGGCAAUCCUGCAAGUAACUGCUUCCAGGCCAUUAUAUACCAAUAGUAACACCUUGAACUUGACCCAGUAGCAAAUGGGCAACUAGCGCAGAUCUCUGAGCAGUGGUGUUAUUAUAUGCAGACAGGGUCUCGUUCUUGUCAGCCACUGUGCUGCAGCAUUCUGCACUAACUGCACUGUUUGGGUCAAGUGCAAGGAAGGCACCACGUAGAGUGCACUGCAGUAAUCCAGUCUUGAAGCAAUCAGUGUCUGAACUAUUGUGGCCAAGCUCUCCCAGUCCAGGAAUGGCCAAAGCUAUUGCACCAGGAACAGCAGGUAAAAAGCACUUCUAGCCACCAAGGCUACCUGGACCUCUAGUGACAAAGCUACAUCUAGAAGUACUUCCAGGCUGCCUAACUCCUCCUUCAGGAGGAAUGUAGCCCUGCCCAGGUCAGGCAAUUGACCAUUUUCCUCAGAUGUGGGAACCAUUCACCCACAGUGCCUCCAAAUUUAUUGGAUUCAAGCUCAGCUUGUUUUCCCUUAUCCAUCUCACCACUGUGUCCAGGCCCCACACAACUUCCCAUUCCGCGUUAUGGAGAAAUUUUCCUGAUUCUCUGUUCCUAAUGCCUUCUGCCGAGGUGGUAUUUUCAGUAAACAAAGGUCCACCAGACUGCAGUUAUGUUUGCUUAUAGUAUGAAUUGGUUCAUCCCUCAAAUUGCUUUCUAAAAACUCUGGUUCAACAUUCACAUUAAUGGUUUCUCUAGAAGGCACUCAUUAUUCUCCCACACCCAUUUUAGUCUUACAACAAGCUUGUGAUGUACAUUAAAGGUGAUUGGCCCAAGGUAAGCUUCUCAGCUGCGUGGAGAGUUAAACCCGAGUCACCCAAGUCCUGUUCUAGCACUCGGAACCACUACACCAAGACUGGGGAACCUGUGGUCCUCCAGAUGUUCUUGAACUUUACUAUGAAUCAGCCGCUUUUUGCUGGCUGAAAGAUUGGCUACUUCUUGAAAACGUGGACAUUUUGGAUUUAGAAGGUUUUGACAACGUUUUUGGAUGGCAUGCAUAUUUAUGGUAUGAUAAAGUUAAAGCGCAUAAGGCCUUUAAGAACCAUAUUGUCAGGAAAGCAUUGUUUAAUGUUUGGGUGAGAUAUAAGGACUUGUUGGAAAGUAAAACACCAAGGUGGCUAUCACCAAUGGAGGCAAAGGCAUUGAAAAAACCAAUAUGGAGACAAACUGGCCAAAAUAUUGUGAAAUUUUAGAACAAGUUGGAGAUAAAUUAAAAUUGCAGAGUUUUGACAAAUUAAAAACCAAAGUCAGAGAUUGGUUGCAUUAUUAUCAAAUAAGGGAGGUUUUUAACUUAGAUAAAAAGAUUGGCUUCCAGGAGGAAAAAUCUAAUCUGGAAACGGAAUUGUUAGAACCUAAAACUAAAAAUUUGUCAAGAAUGUAUAAUUUGCUGCUGAAAUGGAAUACACAGGAUGAAAUGGUUAAAUCUGUUAUGAUUAAAUGGGCGCAGGAUGUUGGGCAUAACAUUAUGUUUGCUGACUGGGAACGGUUAUGGACCACAGGUAUGAAAUUUACGGCUUGUAAUGCUUUAAGAGAAAACAUAAUGAAAAUGAUUUACAGGUGGUACUUAACCCCAGUCAAGCUAGCAAAAAUUUAUCACUUGCCUGAUAAUAAAUGUUGGAAAUGUAAAGAAAACGAAGGUACUUUCUUUCACCUUUGGUGGACGUGCCGAAAGAUCAAGGCAUUCUGGGAAAUGAUAUACAAUGAAUUAAAAAAGGUAUUGAAAUAUACUUUCUUAAAGAAACCAGAGGCCUUCCUCUUGGGCAUGGUCGGCCAAUUGGUGCGAAGGGAAGAUAGAACUUUUUUUAUGUAUGCGACAGCAGCAGCAAGAAUACUCAUCGGGAAAUAUUGGAAGACACAAGAAUUGCCUACCCGAGAAGAAUGGCAGAGAAAAGUGAUAGACUAUAUGGAACUGGCAGAGAUGACUGGAAGAAUUCGAGAUCAAGAAGAAGGGUUGAUGGAACAAGAUUGGAAAAAGUUUAAAAUAUAUUUACAGAAUCACUGUAACAUAAAAGAAUGUUAGGAAAGGUUGGAGAAGAAAUAUUAGACCGUAUUGGCAGACAGAGUAUAAUGGAAUUAAGUAAAUAUAAAGUAUAAACUAAAGGAUAGAGGAGAAUUAAAUAUUUUUGAAUGUUAAAAUGUUAAAAUAAGUGAAUGAAAAGAAGGUUAGAAGGAUUUGCUGGAGACACAAUUUGAAUUAGAAUACAAAGCAGAGAAGUGAGAGGAAGUCACGGAAAUAAGUAAAUGGGAAAACGGUUCGUUAAAUUCGAAUUCUUUUUUUUCUUGUUAUUUUUUAUUGUGAUUUUUGAUUUUGUGUAUUUUUUCCUUUUUCCUUUUUUUUCCCUUGUAUGGUGUGUAUCUUUUGUAAGAUGUAUGUGACUGAUUUUCUUGUUUUGUUUGUUCUUUCUUUUUUGUAAUUUUAAAACUUGAAUAAAUAUUCUUAAAAAAAAAAACAGAUGUUCUUGAAACCCAGUGCCAAUCAGCCCCAGCCCCAGCAUGGCCAAUGGCAGGGGAUGAUGGGAGAUGUAGUUCAACAAACCCUGGAUAACCACCCAGAGACUGCACACACUGGCCCCAUGCCACUAAACAUGCACACCUAAUUGUGCAUUCCAGUGAAAUGUGAAAAUUACAGUGCAUGUAUCCAUUUCCAAAAGAAGAUCUUGAAUGAUUUUGGCAGCCUCUCCAGAGGUUGAGUCUUCUCUUGUGGAUAAAUUUAUAUGGUCAUUAUACUAAUAAAUCUGGGCUAUGUGCCUUGUUUAACAGGUGUUGGUGUCUUAUUCACCGGUCUAAUCUUUCCCUCGGUUUCUAGAGUAAUUACAUGGACUGUGUUUAUUUAUAACACCAACAAUAACAACAACCACAACAAUUAUAUGUCAUGGUCCUUUUAUGGUUUUGUCUUAUGACUGUUUUUAGGAUCAUUCCCAGCAAGAGGGUCCAUUCAAAAUAAGUCUGAACAGCAUCAUGCCAACAGUUCAGUCACAGCAAUGAUGGUGAACAAUAUUAAACCUCAGCUGGCAGAAGGUAACAUUGCACACCUGUAUUUAUUAAUUAUAGUAGAGCAGAUAACAAUGCUAUUUUACAUAAGUUUAGUUGUUAAGCCCUGGAGAGAUUAAUGACUAAGCUUGAUUUAAAAGGAGAGAGUGCUAUAUCUAGUAUGUGAACACACUACACUAUGCUACACCUAUAGGGUGGAUUUAGAAAAGAAUUUUACCAAUAUUUGACUUUGUUUAUCUUUUUUAAAUGUUUGGUGAGUGCCUCUUAUGCUUUUAUAUUGCAAACUGCGCUGUGAUAUUCGACUGAAGGGCAGUAUGAAAAUGUAAUAAAUACGGUAAUAAAAUAAAAUAAAUUGGAUUGCAGAAAAGCUGGAAACAGAUGUUUGAAAUAAAUGAAAUUAAAAAUUCAGAGCGAAUUUGUUCGGUUCAUAAUUCCCAGCAUUUUAUUCCAGUUUCAAAAUAAUUCUCCUUGCGUUUGAUAAGUUUACCACUUUCUGCAGAUUACAGCAACAGGAUUACAGUGUAACAAUGACCAGACAUAUCAGAGGGUGUAGCUCUCAUGAUACAUAUCUCUGCUGUUAAGUUACCUUAUAGUAUAUCUUAAUACAAGGGUUACACCGCAUCAGUGUGUUUAACAACCUUUCAUGGUAGUUUCUUUCUAACACAUUGGGAAACCGUGUUUUUGUGAUUCCUUUUGGAUUUUAUUAAGGAGUAUUUGAGGAUUAAAAAAACAGCUUGGUCUCAAAUGUAGUCCUCAGAUCCAGCUAGGAAAACCUACUGAUGGUACUUUUUUUAUAUAUAUAUCCUUCCAGGCAAAUCAAAAACGGAUGCAGUGGUUGGCACUGAAGUUAUACUGACCUGUCCCCAUCAGAGACCUAUGAUAAUGGUAUCUUGGAAUGCCAACUUAAAGAAUGGAACAGUUUGCUAUUUAUCAUACAUCAGUGAUAGAAAUCAAACAGGGGGAAACUGCAGUGAGGAUAGCAUGUGUUGGUUAUCUAGACCAGACAAGGACUCCACCCUUCAGAUAAAGUCAGCACAAAUAUCCAGUGAAGGAAUAUAUAAAUGUUCUACAGCAACUGCUGAUGGAACAUUCAGCCAUGAACAUAAUCUAACCAUAUUAGGUAAGAAACUCCAUGUUCUUUUCCUUACCUAUAAAUCAUAAUAUGAGACUGCUACAUCUAUUUUAUUGAAUCCAAACAUUUAAAACUACUUUUAAGCUACUGGCAACCACUGAAAGCAUUUUGCAGUAAUAUUUAAGCACAACAGUGAUAAUAAAAUGUAUGCAAUAAAAAAUAACCUAGAAAAUUGGAUUAAAAACAAACUAUUUCUACUUCUGCUCUUCCUUCUACAGCUGCUGUUACAACUACUACACGUUUAUUAAUAUUUUUUAGUUGUGAACAAAGAACAUAGAAAUGACAUAGUCUUUUCAGACAUAGGACUUAAAGCUUCUUCUGUUUCAAUCUGCUUUUUCAGUGCCUCUUCUCUGCUUUCUUCUCAGCAUGACCAAACAUGAAUAUAGAUACCAGUUCCAAAAUGCUGAAGUACACAAGUUUGAAAAGGCUGACAAGGGUGUACAAAAGUGAAAUGGGAGGGAGGGAAUAGAGCUUGGGAAAGGAAGGUUGAAUAUAGCAAUAGACUGUGCAGAAAAUGUACGGUAAAUUUGUGGUGAGUGAGACUGCAUUUUGUUAUCCACACCAUUAGCAGGAUGUGUUCUGAGGGAACUACUGCUCCUAAAAUGUCACAAAAUCUCCCUUCCCUGUUUUGGUAUUAAACCAGCAAAAUCCUUCCCCCCCCCCCCGUGUGUGUGUGUGUGUGUGUGUGUGUGUGUUUGUUAACAUUUCACCCUUGGUAUUUCAGAAGUCUUUGUUUUCUCAAUGAAAGUAUGACCCUUACUUUCUCCAUGAUAUCCCUGGCCACUACAACUAACCCCAGAGCUUCCUUCAGUACUAUCUGCCAUUCUUGCUCUCCUCAGAUAUCCCCUAGUUCUCUCCUAUCUGAAGUGAAGCAGAAGGGGUGUGAAACAGCAUCACUCAGGCCAAUGCCCAUCACUCUCAACCCUCCCACAUCAUACAGUGGAAGGUCACCCAACACAUUCCACACCAUUGAACACAUAGGGAGAUCACACAGGAUCUUUCUUCAAAUACCUGAUAUUCUGCAGCAGAAGAAAAAUUGGCAUGGUGUCUGCAUUAUUCCAGAAUACCGGCAGAAUAACGUUGACACCAUGUGGAACUCUGCAGGAAAAUCCAGAGAAAACAUGCAUUAUAGUGCUUUAAAAGCCAUAUGCCUCAAGUGAGUCACCUCUUCACACACCUGACUGCUCAGCUUCAUAAAACUCAGGCUCCCUCCAACUCUCCAAGCAGUCUCUAAAAACAGCAUGAUGAGAACUGUAGUCUGCACUAGUUCUGAGCUCCAUAGACCUUGAGAUGGCAUCCUGCCACAUGAAAUAUCCUAUUAUAAAACAUGUUUUGUGCUUAUCGCACUUCUGCCUGUCUGUCCAAACUACCCAUUCAGACUCCUCACGCUCACUAUGUAACCAUCAUAACAAAUGUCAAAUGGAGAAAAACCUUUACAACUCUAUAGUUCCAGUCUGUGCACUCUGCCAUUGUUGAAGGACGCUGUCGUAGGAUUCCUUAUGAAGAGAGAGUUUGGAGGAAAUGUACCCAGAGAUUUGCCCCACUGAUUUGCCCAGUCUAUGAGGACUUAACCCUUGUUCAGAUACUGUAUUUAAAUUUCUCAGUUUAGAGAUUGAUGGGUAUCUGACUAACUUUUUAUUAGAGGACAGAUCCCUCUACACUUCUGAAAAAGUGGCUUGUCUUGCCUUUGGAGUGGCAAUUUUACAGAGAAAGGUUUGUAGGAAUGAUGUCAGAUUCUUCAGAGGAGCAAACUCUUAUCUGACAGAAUGCCUGGUUUUAAUAAUUAUUUUAACUGUGUAAUGCAUUUUAUUCUGUUUUAGGUUUUUUGUUCUUUGUAAUGGUUUUGGCUACACAAAUUUGCACCACAGUACAGUCUGCUCUCUGGUCUGGUGUGCAGGGAUCAGAGGCUGCUCCCUGGAUGCCUGCAACUUAAAGUCUGUCACGAUGUGCACUUCUGUGCUGGGAAGAGAGGAUGAUUUUUAAGUCAGACUGGGGAUGAGGGGAAGAGGGGACUCCUAACAAAUUAGUUUCCAGAAUUCUUCAGUGGAAGCUGUUUAAAGUGGUACGCUACAGCUUUCAGUGCCUAGUGCAGAUGAGACCUAAUCGUCCUCUCUGCCCUGGAUGAGUCAGUGGCCAGCCACGCGGAGUCAGACCACGAGUUCUUCCUGCUGUAGUGACUCUGCUCAUCACAUGGCAUAGUGGUCAGCAAUUCCUGACAGCAUGUAUAGGAAUAUGUUUACUCAACAGGUUUCAUAAGGGACUUAUUUCUUCCUCAAAUGUGUAUUUUGGUGCAACAUAAGAUACCAAUAGAAUAUCAUACUCUCCAACAUUUCUCUGAUGAAAGCAGGGAAGUCCUAUUAAUUUUAUUAUUUAUACCCCACCCAUCUAACUGGGUUGCCCUAGCCACUCUGGGCAGCUUCCAACAUAUAUAAAAACUGCAAGAAGAUCAAACCUAUCCAUUCUGAAGGAAAUCAGCCCUGAGUGCUCACUGGAAGGACAGAGCCUGAAGCUGAGGCUCCAAUACUUUAGCCACCUCAUGAGAAGAGAAGACUCCCUGAAAAAGACCCUGAUGUUGGGAAAGAUUGAGGGCACAAGGAGAAGGGGACAACAGAGGACGAGAUGGCUGGAUGGUGUUCUCGAAGCUACCAGCAUGCGUUUGACCAAACUGCGGGAGGCAGUGGAAGACAGGAGUGCCUGGCGUGCUCUGGUCCAUGGGGUCACGAAGAGUCAGACACGACUAAAUGACUAAACAACAACAACACUACAUUAAACAUUUUUAUUUUUAAAAAAACAACUUCCCUAUAGAGGGCUGCCUUUAGAUGGCUCAGGAGGCAGAUAACUCCAUACCCUCCAACAUUUCUCCAGUGAAAAUAGGGACAGCCUAAUGAAAAGUGGGACAUUCCAGGAUCAAAUCAGAAACUAGGAUGGCUUCUGUAAAUCCAGGACUGUGCCUGGAAAAGAGGGACACUUGGAGGGUCUGGAAUAUGCAACUCUGCUACCUUUUAUGUCCAUCUUUUUAUGCCAGAGGUGGGGAACCAGAUGUGCAUACCCUCCAACAUGCUGCAACGGAAAACACCCAUCUUCUGGGGCCACAGGACAGGGGGGCAUGAGAUACGGCUUUCAGCUGCCUGUGUUAAGUGUGUGUGGUUGUAUGUGUGGAUGGGUCUGGCCCUGCUCACUGCGGGAUCAAGGCACCCCCACUACUCAAAUGCAGUUCCUGACAGCUUUACACUGAGUUAAUGCUGCCCACAGCUGCCCAAGCACCUUCAAUUUUCCGCUUCUAAUCUAGAGUAGAUUAGAACCCACCACUUUGAUACAUUUAACUGCCUCAUUUAUUUGUUCCCUCCAGUACCUCCUGAGGCGUCCCUGAUUCAUGACGACAUCAAUGGAACUGCCAUUUGCAAGGCAGUUGCAGGGAAACCAGCGGCACAAAUCUCAUGGUCCCCAGGAGGAGAGUAUAACACCAAGAGUGAAAAUUUGCUUAAUGGCACACAGACUGUCACCAGUAUAUACAAGGUCAACAACUCUGAGGGGAGCAAAGUAACUUGCUUUGUCUCCCAUCCUGCAUGGAAGGAGUCCCUCAGUAUCUUAUUAGGUAACCCUAAGAAUCUUUUUCUCUGUUUGUUAAUUUGUGGUUUCCACUCUCUGAUACGUUUUCCUGAGAGAUUUCAGAAUCACCCCCUUUUCACACAUAUUCUUUUGUCAACUAGGACUUCUCUUUUCUCCCACGUUUGCAACUUAGAUGAAAUCUUGAUGGCUGGGUGGUUUGAUGUUCUGCUGCAUUUUCCAGGUUACAUGUCCCAUUUAUGUGCCACUGAUCUAGAUUCAACUUGUAAUUUACCCUGUUUUAUUGUUUUUUCAUACACACACACACGCACACACACACAUUUUUAAUUGAAUAUUUUUGCAAUGGGAACCAAAACAAAACACAGGACACAAACCAGUAGCAAAUUACUAAACAAAUGUACAGGUGAGGUAUGGGAUACAAAGUACCUCCCCCACCUUCCUUUUUUCCUUUGUCUUUCUGUAUUUUUAUCAAUUUUAAUUUUUCACAUCACACAUAAGAUAACAUAACUCAAUACAUCAAACACUUUGAUUAAAACUAUCAAAUCAAAUUCUUACAUUUCACUCCCAAAAAUCUUUCCACAUAUUAACAUGAGAUCUUAGGGGGUUAUAAACAAAAUCUGCUUGACGCUUAUAAAAUCCAAAAUGGGUGUCACACAUUAUAGAACAGAUGGAGGAUGGAAUUCCCUUUGGUUGCAUGAAUCGGACACAUCAGCUUUUCAGCCAAGGAGGAAAGAUACCACUUAUGUAAGAAUUUCCAAGAAAAUUCCCUUAAUUGGGCCAAAAGAGUUUUAAAAGUUCCCCAUUUUUCAUUAGACAUUAUUACUUGAAGGUCCAUUUCCCAGGGAAUUAAAUUUUUUUUAAAAAAUUAUUUUUCUUUAUAACAUUUUGAGUGCUUUAGCUCAAAAGACAAUUCAUAAUGUUCCUUUUCAGUAUUUUUAUCAAUGUUCUUAUGGUAUACCACUCUGGAUGCAUUUGUGUCUAGAAAAAUGGGAUAAAAAUAAAUUGAAAUAAAAAUCAAUUUACUAAUAUCCACUAUUAUCCUUCUUCUGGUGGUGUGUUCCAGGGAUCUUGGGUUUGGGGCUCACAUUUUGGCCUGUAAUAUUACUACAAAGUAGAAAUUUUCCCCCAAAACGAUUGUAGUUCCUUUUCUGUCUAAGGGCCAGGUCUGGUGUAAUGUUUUCCUUCAGAGGCAGCCUUUUGGAAUUAUUCCCAUGGAAAAUUCUGCAUGGAACAGUUUAGGUCAGCAAUGGACAUUUAAUAUUUUGUUGAGAGCUGCCUAGAGUGGCUGGGACAACCUGGUCAGAUGGGUGAAUAAUAAUAAUAAUAAUAAUAAUAAUGAUAAUGAUAAUAAUAAUAAUAAUUUAAUAUGCUCAUGUUGGACUGUUUCCAAGUCCUAUUGCUUGCAGAGAUUUUCUAAUGUUCUCCAUAUCCAUUGGAAAUCAAUCCCAAAGCACUGCCAUGAAGGUAAAUAUUCUGCUGGAAACUGAUAGUGCCUAAAUGAAAAAGCUGCACAGUUUGCAACAGUGAUGGAAACCUUAGGCCUUUCACAUGUUUGCCUGGAGCUGAUGGGAGUCAGAAUUCAACAUUAUCUGUAGAUGGCCAAAGAUUCCACACCCCUGCAGCAGUAUUCCAAAAACAGUAUUAUAAUUCCGGACAAUUGUCCUUUAUAAGCAUCUAUCCAAGAAUGCUUUUCAUAGGAAUUCAUAAGAAGAGGGUGGCUGACAAUCAUGUUUCUUAACUUUAAUGCAUUCAGUUAAUGGAUGCCAAACUUUAGAAAAGUUGUCCUUGAUUUUCAGAUGGUGUAGGGUUUGGGUAUAUUUUGUUAAGUUUUUCCAUUAAAGCAAUUAUCUGGAGGUGCCAAUAGUCUUGCAAGUCACCUGCAGAUGCCUUUGGCCACCAUGAGUCUGGCUGCUGCAAACAGGAAUCAAAGUAGCUCUUUAUAAAGAGCUUUUUUGGGCAAAGAUGUUGAGCUUUUUUUUGCCCAAAGUUGUUGUCAAAAUCUAAACUUCUGACACGGGGUGCCAUGGAUUCCAGUGAUUUCCGCCCAGACACUGCUUCCAGAGGCCGAAACAUUGUCCGGGAAAUUCCGGACAUAUGGCAAGCUUAACUCAGGGCAUCGCAAGGGUAGGUAUCUCCUGUGGAUAUGCUUAUAUGCAUUCUCCCAAAUGUGCACUGAUGCGGUGUGAAAUGGGGGUUUGUUCCACAGGCUUGCCAUGCUUCUAAAUCAAUUGUCUUGCCUAGGUCACUUUCCCAUGGUUGUCUUAAGCUACCUGUGGAACCCAGUGAGGUUUCCAAAAGAAUCCUAUAUAUACUGGAGAGUAAGCCCUUAUCAGGGGAUGUGGGUGGCACUGUGGGUUAAACCACAGAGCCUAGGACUUGCUGAUCAGAAGGUCGGCGGUUCGAAUCCCCGUGACAGGGUGAGCUCCCGUUCUUCAGUCCCAGCUCCUGCCAACCUAGCAGUUCGAAAGCACCUCAAAGUGCAGGUAGAUAAAUAGGUACUUCUGUGGCAGGAAGGUAAACGGCGUUUCCGUGCGCUGCUCUGGUUCGCCAGAAGCAGCUUAGUCAUGCUGGCCACAUGACCCGGAAGCUGUGCACCGGCUCCCUCAGCCAAUAAAGCGAGAUGAGCGCCGCAACCCCAGAGUCAGUCACAACUGGACCUAAUGGUCAGGGGUCCUUUACCUUUAAGCCCUUAUCAAAUGCUGAGUUUUGCUUUAGCAUAAUUUCAAAACUAGUUAAAUACCUUGUUGUUUGGGCCUGAGCUUCAGGGGGUACAUACAAAUUCUAAUCUGCAACCAUAUCUUUUGUUGACUGAUCUAUUAAUUCCAUCCAUUACACCCAUGUCUCCUAACUGGCAUUUCUUGCACUUUGCAUAUUUCCAGGUGGACAAAGUAAAAAAGAAGAUGUAACAAUCACCAUUCUAUUUUCCAGCCUUGCUGGUGUCUUGGGAAUUCUCCUGCUUUCAGUUUUCAUCUGCCUCCUCUAUAGAAGGUAUGUAUGCCAAAGUCCUAACAUAAGCCAGUUCUAUAGCUCUGUACAAUUGGUCAGCUGCCACAAUGACCAUAAAUUCAACUUACUACAGAAAAAUAGCAAGGCAUUAUUUAUACAGCGUUCUGCCUCUAACUAGGUUCACGCUGAAAUUCAAAGAACUAAAUGGAUUUCUCCCCAACCUAGUCACAACUACUUUUCUUGGUUUUCUUGUCUCUGUAAGGUCUUCCUACAUUCUAUCCUAUGAAUCACCUUCUAGUUCCAGAGGCAGAAAGCUGUAUAAAUAAUGCCUUGCUAUUUUUCUGUAGUAAGUUGAAUUUAUGGUCAUUGUGGCAGCUGACCAAUUGUACAGAGCUGUAGAACUGGCUUAUGUUUGCACUUCCCAAACCAAUUUGUGAACCAAAAUGCAGCCAUCCUUAAAAAUUCAUACUUCUCUGAUUUUUUCAAUGUGUUCUCCAACCAAAACAUGCAUACAAAAUUGCAUAUAUUUGUGAAAAUAAUAAGGAAAAUUCAUUUGGCUGAGAGAAAUUGUUUGCAAAAUUACCUUAAAAAUGUGUGCAAAUUCUCAUGCAGACUGUUUGUUUGUUUGUUUGUUUUUUUAAAUUGCUAUUUCUAACAAAGUAGUGGUGAUACUCUAUAUUGGCAGUGGAAUGUGUACGUGUAUUAGGAUCAGUUGUAAGAUAUUUCGAUGGGUACACUAGAUCUGAAAUUAUCCUAGGGUCUUAUAGAUGACAUGUUGAUCCAAACCCAUUUUGCAUGGUAUCGGGAAGAAGGAAUCUGAUUAUAUUCUCCCCUCCCUGCAUAUGCCAGAAAAAGAGAAGCUGCUGCACCCAAAAGUCCUGAAACAAUGUCAAGACCAAGCAUCCAGGUAAGACCAAGGAAAUAAUAAGAGAUUUGCUCUGAAACCAUUUUUUUGUGUUAAUAAGGGCACAAUACUUUUACCAUAUGGUAUAGACAUAUACAGGCUGCUAGCUAUGUUGCCAAUCAUGCUCAAAAGCCACCAGAAGUGCAUAGUCAUAGUACUCAGUACACAUUAAAUGUUUCCUGGAAGCCACCUCACACUUGUUGUGGGCAUUCCUCACCAUGUAUCCACCUAUUCUGAGGCUACAACAAUCUGUGUGUAUUCUCGCCUUCCUUCCUUCCAAUCUUCUCUUUUCUGAAGACUUCUCUUCUGGGAGGGGAGAUCCCCAUGUAUCCCCCAGGUGUUGUUAGUACCACAGUAUGGUCCCUGUCAGAAUUGCUCCCCAUCUCCUCCCUGGCUGCUUGCAAUGAGAGGAAAGCUUCCAUUUGGUCAAUAGAUUACAUAGCCUGGGCUGUUUAGGAUUUUUUUUUUUACAAAAUUACCUUUUUACAAAAUUCCAUUUUGUUUUCUUAAUGGUAAAAAUAUUUUUGAUGACUUUUCUAUAACUCUUGAAAAUCAUGUGGCAUAAGAAAGAAAGAAAGAAAGAAAGAAAGAAAGAAAGAAAGAAUAAUACUCUGCCCAUCUGACUGGAUUGCCCCAGAAACACAAGCAUGAAUUUAUGACUAGCAGUCAAGAAUUUUCCAGUGCAAAAAAUAUCCAAACAACUGAGUCUACUGCUAAUCAUAAUUCCAUACUUUAAUAACUUUGAUAUUGCCACCCACAGUGUAUUUCACAAAAUAAAAACUCUGCAGUAUAAAGGGAAUCUUUUCUCAUUAUUUCUAUUGGGGUGGUGCAAGGCGGGUAAGUCAGAACAUUUUUCUGCAUAUCAUGAGAUGAAAGAAACAAACGGGGUUGUGGCAGCUUCCUUCAUGUUUUAAAAUGCUUCAGAGUUUUACUUAGGUGACAAGCCAUGUUUUCUUCUCAAAGGGAUGCACUUCUGUUUUGUAGGAGAGUGAGUUGGAGCCAUAUGCCAUUUUCGUACAAGUGGAAAAUGUGAUCUAUGAGAAAGCAGGUGACUUCCCACAGAGUGAAUGACACUUCCCAUCAGAGCUCUUUUCUUCAAGCUGAAACGCUGUCUGACUUGAACUGUGUAAGAGAAAAAUACAUGGGCGGGGGGGGGUCAUUAACAGCUUACAGUGACCCUCCCAUGGACAUGGGUACAUUUUGGCUUUCUGUAUCCUUCCCACAAACCCAACGGCCUGUUGUCUCUCUCUGCCAGUGCCCCAUACUUGUCAAAAAACCAGAGUCAAUUAUCUGUAUGUAAAAGAGGAUGAGCAAUUAUGCACCUUUUCUCCAGGCUCUGUAGAAUUCUUCCAAGAACGCUGCUGGCCUUAAAUAUUCUGCUCUGCAUCAUAACGAAUCUUCUUUUUCUCACAUUGACUGUAUUUUUCCAGUCUAAGCAUUCAGAAAGCUGUUGUGAAAACUAUGAAAAGAGGUGAUUCUAAUUAAUUGUCACCAUCUUUCUGCCUAAUCCAAGCAGACCAUUCACUUUCAUAUGGCGCAUUAAGUACAGGUUAAGAAGAUCAAACCUAUCCAUUCUUAACGAAAUCAGCCCUGAGUGCUCACUGGAAGGACAGAUCCUGAAGCUGAGACUCCAAUACUUUGGCCACCUCAUGAGAAGAGCAGACUCCCUGGAAAAGACCCUGAUGUUGGGAAAGAUGGAGAAGGGGACAAGGAGAAGGGGACGACAGAGGACGAGAUAGUUGGACAGUGUUCUUGAAGCUACCAGCAUGAGUUUGACUAAACUGUGGGAGGCAGUGGAAGACAGGAGUGCCUGGCGUGCUCUGGUCCAUGGGGUCAUGAAGAGUCGGACACAAAUAAACGACUAAACAACAACAACAAGUACAGCUUGAACUGGGAAGGGCUCUCAGGGCCAAAUCACUCUUUAAGAGCACUGUUCUAAAAAGGGGACCAUGUGUUGAGAUUCCUGCAAUGCAGGGGGUUGCACUAGAUGACUACAAUUCUAUGAUUCUAAGGACCAUAUAACCAGCAUUCCAAGGAACUGUGCCACAGAAGAAAAUAACUGUUCUUUCUCUGACUGACAGACGUGGAAGUAAGACACGCUCCUGGAAGACCGCAUCCUGCAGAAGGACAGCUUCUUCCUAAAAUUCUCUGGAUUAUGUUCUACAUGUCAGUGAGGUUAAUAGGGAGAGAGCAGGUAUGGUGUUGUCAACUGAGUCAGACUUUGAGAGCGAGCUAACCUACCAAAUAGAAUUGUUGUGAAUGGGCACGUUGCCCCAAACUCCUUGGAAGAGUGGAAUUAAAUUAUAAUAACUAAUAGUAAUGGAACUAGGGAUAUCUCAGACUAUUAAUCUCGGGGAUUUGGGUUCGAGCCUCACACUGGGGAAAAUAUUCCUGCAUUGCAGGGGUUGGAUGACCACUGUGGUCCCUUCUAACUCUACAAUUCUAUGAUUCUAUAGGAGAAAAGUACCUGUAGCCCUUUGUGACAAAGUGCCUUAUGAAACUUCUCAAAAGUUAAUGGCCGUAUAUUGUCUAUACUUUGCCAUUAGUGAACAAAUAGCUCUUCACAGAUCAAGAGCAGAAAGGGGUUUCUGAGGUUAUGCAUAGGAACCGAAGAAGAGCCCUGUGCAAAAGCCUAUUUCUAUGGCAUCCUGUUUCUCAUAGUAGCCAAAAAGAUUUCUAUAGAAAGCCAAUAAGGAGGACACAAGUGCAAUAGUGCUUUCCCUUCAGCAACUGGUGUUGAAAAAAAUGUCCCCUCCAACACAGGAGAUAAUACACAGCCAAUACGACUAGCAGGCAUUGAUAACCUACUAUCAAUUGAAUUGAUCAGCUUUCUGCUGUUUAGACUCAUCAGCUGAGCACGCAACAAUGUUCCUUGAUUCUCUGAGAGCUCUAAAGUAAGAACUAGAUCCAAAUGUAAUCAAAAGAAGGACAAGGAACCCAAUUGAAUUAGAGCAAUAAGGAUGUGAAUCAGGACUGGGUUCAGGCUUGAGGGGGUCCUCUGAUGAACCCCCUCUUCUGUCAGUGGGCCUUAGGAGGCUUAUCCAGCUGUGGUAGCAGAUCUAAGUUGCACUGGGACACUGUGUCUAGCCACCCAGAGCAACACUAGGCUUGGGGGAAUUAUAGGAAAUUUAAAGGAUAACUAGAUACAGCCUCCAGCACAGAGGCCCAGGACAGACAUUAGCAGUGAGCCUUGGUUGCUGCCCAAGGAUGCCAUGUACCUUGGUCCUGAUAUGAAUGUAGCUUUAACAGCAGCAACAACAAAAAGGUAAUCCAUAAUGACCUUAUAUUACCUUGUCAAGAGUCACUAAGUAGCAAUUCAACCUCAUGGUCAGUCAUGUUGUGGGAGAAAAACAUUGUUGUGCACAUGGCAACAGGGGUCUCUGCGCAUACUUUGGGUAUGCUUUCCUUGGAAUAACGGUAGCCAGAGACCUAAAAGGUAGCCAGAACCUAAAAUCUCAGGGCUGUUCAGAUGGCAUCUAGACUAGCCCCUACCCCAAAAUGGACAAUGUUUCUUAGGCCUCUUCCACUUGCUUUCCCUUAACAGAUCUGGAAACUUUUUUAUAUAAUUCUCAAGGAACCUUCAUUGAUCAGCCAAUGUGGUGUAGUGGUUAGGGUGUUGGGUUAGGACCUGGGAAGCAAGAGUUCAAAUCCCCACACUGCCAUGAAGCUCACUGGAUGACCUUGGCUGGAUCUAGACACAUCAAAAAAGCGAUUCAGUUCAACGUGUUGUAAACUUCAUACGGGGAAAUCCUGUUGGUGAAAGACGGGGCUCCACAGUGCCACCUGGUUUCACAGUGUUACAAUGCAUAUAAAGCGCUUUGUUGUAGCAUUCGCAGCAUAUAAAGCUUGUGCCAGUCACAGCCUAACUUACCUCGCAAGGUUGUUGUAGGGAUUAAUUGAGGAGGGGAAAACCAUGCAUGCCACCUUGAGCUCUUUGGAGAAAAAAAGUGGGAUGUAAAUGCAACUAAUAAUAAUAAUAAUAAUAAUAAUAAUAUUGAUCCCAUCCAUUUUACUGAAUGUGUGCAAUCUAAUUUGAUAUUUCUGCAACUGUAAAUUUAGAACAAAUAAAAAAUAUACAUCAAGUUUUCCCUGAG